CGCGAGUGGCAGCCAUCGGCGAGUUUUGUCACGGCUGGACAGACCAGAGAAGGAACUGGAGAGAGGGAUUCUACUGUCCAGAGAAAGACGACAUGAAAAGCGCUGUUAUUUGCUGCGGAAGGUGUGAAUACCGAUACUGUUGUUCUGAUGGUACCGCCAGACUGGACCAGGGAACUUGUUCGGACUCCGACCCCGACCGAACGUUACCGAGUAAGGCCGAGGUUGUGGCAGACGAGUUUAGCACUGGAGACUAUCCUGUCUACAUUCCCUUUCUCAUCGUUGGCUCCGCCUUCCUGGCCCUCCUUCUUUUCGGAAGCUCCGCCUGCUUCCUCUACAAUCGCCAAACAUCAUCCACCUCCGACUCUGUUGCCAUCGGUACCACCACAACAACCACCACCACCACCACAGCCUCCUGCAGCUCCUCCGCCACCUUGUGUCCACCCUCCAUCCAUGGCGACCGCAUCCAUGGAGACCAGCCCCGAUGUCGAGGGGACAGCUGUCAUGUCCAGCGCCUGUGUCGUGACGGCCAGCCUGUCGGCGGCAGCGGUGAGCAUCCUGCAGCAGAGAACAUUGUCGUUGCCGCAGCAGCAGCUGUGAGACGUCCGAUCACCCAUCCGCACCCGCCCUGCGUCUACUGCAGUGGGCAGCAUGGCCAGCGAGCGCCCAGUCCAGCCAACCCGAUCGCCAGCCGCGGCCAUGCCCUCCCCUCACGCCCACCCCCACCCUGGUGA